GGUAACGAGUACUUGCAGACGGCUGCUAGGUGCCUACAAAUGAUGUUACGAGUAGAUACAUACAGAUAUAUGUUUAUACAAGUAGAUGGAGUGGCUACGAUAAUAUCAGUGUUAGACUCGAGCAAGAUGGGUUUCCAGAUACAGUAUCAGCUUAUAUUCUGUCUCUGGUGUCUCACAUUUAAUCCAAAUCUUCUAGAAAGAAUGAGCAAACAGCACAACAUUAUCCCGAUCUUGUCAGACAUUCUGAGUGAUACAGUGAAAGAAAAAGUCUCCAGAAUUAUUCUAGCAACAUUCAGGAAUUUGUUAGAGAAACCAGAAGAGAGGGAGCUAGUGCAAGAGAAUGCAUUGUCUAUGGUACAAUGUAAAGUCCUCAAGCAGCUGGAACUGUUGGAGGCAAGAAAGUUUGAUGACCCAGACAUCGUAGAAGAUUUACAAUACUUACAAGAGAAACUCCAGGAAUCUGUACAAGAUCUCAGUUCUUUUGAUGAAUAUGUGACAGAGAUUAAGUCUGGCAGAUUGGAAUGGAGUCCUGUACAUAAAAGCGACAGAUUCUGGAGAGAAAAUGCAAUACGACUUAAUGAGAAGAAUUAUGAAUUACUUAAAAUUUUAGUUCGGUUGUUAGAAGGUAGCAAAGAUCCAUUAAUUCUGUCAGUAGCAGCACAUGACAUUGGUGAAUAUGUACGAUAUUAUCCCAGAGGGAAAAAUGUUAUAGAGCAGCUGGGAGCUAAACAUCUUGUAAUGCAGUACCUUACACACGAGGAUCCUAAUGUUAGAUAUGAGGCAUUGAUAGCUGUACAAAAAUUGAUGGUUCACAAUUGGGAGUACCUUGGAAAACAGAUAUCACAAGCAAAGGCAGAAGAAGCCCCAGGGGUGAUACCAGCCAAGGCAUAGCAUCAACCAUCCAUACGUUAAUUUUGCUAGUCAACAAUAACUGUUGUAUGUUCCAAAGUGACCAAUUAAUCUUGUGAUAACUUUUCUUGAAUGAAAAAAAAAUAUAUAAAUAUAUCAAAAAACUUACAAGUGAUAAAGAUAAGCAGUCAUUUCUGUGCCAGACUGAAAUCCAUUUGGUUAAUUCAUUGUUAAUUAGUUAAUUGAAUUCAUUCAAAUUGACCAAUAGAAAGUUGUGUUAGAAUAGACUGGAUAUCACCUUGACAACAAAAAUUAAGAGAAAUAUGAAUAAUAUUGAAACAUUUUUAUGGAAAGUGAAUUGUGCCAUUUACUUAAAAAUAUAUGCAGUUUAACUCUAUAAUUGAAAAUUUUAUUAAAUUAUGAAACCAUUUUUGGAUGUUAUAUGGCAUUUGUUAUAAUCAGUGUUAACCAUUAAUUGUCACAAGAUUUAUAUUAUGUAGGGCUGUCAUGUUUAGUUAUGUAUAAUAUCAUAUACUGUUAUGGCUCUGUUACAUUUCAAGUCUAUGUAUUUGUCGCAAAGAAAUUCAGGAGUAAAAGUCAAGUAUAUAAAUUAUAGGCUUAUGUAUAUGGUUAAGGUGUUGAGUUUUAGGGGAAUUUAUUUAUUUAUUAGAUAAACCUCAGUCAAAAAAACCUCAGUAAAGUCAGUUUAAAUGGACUUUUUUUGCAACCUUGCUACUGGUUCUUAAAUUUUUUUAUUUGAAAUGGAGCUUAUUUUCGAUAGAAAUUUUCCUUAAAAAAGUUGGAAUGAUUUUGAUCAUGUACCUUUGAUAAAAUAAACACAAAUUAACUGGGCAGCCCUGAUAAUCAGAUUUUAGUGAUAGUGUUUGCUUUAUUAUUAUCAUUCUGUAGGAAAAUAGUUGACAGUAAGAAAUCCUAGUGUUUGAAUAGUCUGGAAAUUUUUUAUCAUAGAGUUUUGAUAUAUUAUAUGACAAAUGUUAAUGUAAAUGUUUUAUAGAUAUAUUAUGUUAUGUGUAUGUCAGUUGAGAUAUAUUAUGUUAUGUGUAUGUCAGUUGAGCUGUAAAGUAGAGUUCCUAUUGGUCCUAGGUUUGUGUUCCAGUAAGGCUACAAAUUGUCCACACCCUGUGACAUACUAGUAAUAGUACUUUCAAUAAGGGCCUUGCUGGAAUGUUAUGUGUCAUCAUUAAUGCUUUAGCAUAAGCGCCUCUUUUACUGUUAAAGUUUUUUUUUGAUAUUUGUCACAUGCUGCUGUUAAUAUUAAAGAUAACUGUAAUAUGUUAAGUCUGUUCAAACAUAAAUCAAGUAAUUGAUAUCUUAACAAAUAUAGGUUCAUGCAAUUGCAAAGUCUUCUAGUGUUAUGUAUGAAAUUGUAAACAACAAAUUUGAACAACUUUGUGAUGUUUUUGAAAAUAAGCUUAUUUAAUUGUUUCACAUCAUGGUGUGAAAUUUUGACAUUUAUUUAUAAGUAUUAAUGCAUUUCUGUCAUUAAAUAGUGUACAAAUGACAAGACAAGGUGACAAAAUUUUAACUGGUAU